GAAUUUAAAGGGAAACAGCAGCCGCGGAUGGGCGAUGCGGCUGCCACUUCCCGUAGGCAAGCGUUAGGGGUGUUCCUGAGUUUGCCUUCAGCUCUGUGAGGAAGCUUGUCGUGCUUCUGCAGUGCACGGCACAGGCAAGUUAUGACAGAGCCAUCUGAAAACAAAUGAAGCCUCCGCGCUUCUACAAAGGCGGUUUCCUAGCCACGGUCUUCAGCGACUGAGGGCAACCUUCAAACACCUAAAGGGGAGGCUGCAAAGAUGAAGAGAAAAAUGUUUUGUGAUGCUCUGGGGAUUAAACUGCAGCUAAAGGGACCAUCGCCGCAGCCUCAAGGUGCUCCAGAGCACAUGGAGGAAGGGCAUCAUCGUGCACCCAGCAGAACAAGCCGUGUCACAGAGCUGUGACGUGUGCAGAAGUUACCCACCGGGCCGGCCUUGGGUUUCCGUCAACAGUGCCUGCAAACGGUUUUAUGGCAUGGAGCCCAGACCUCGAGUCCCCCACGGCUCUCCGUCCAUCUGCCCUUCAGCCCAAAUGCAGGCAGGCAGCAGAGGGUGGGGGAGAAGAUGAGGCCGGCAAGAGCCACAUCCCCUUUCGGCAGUUUGACCCCCGGGGCUCUUGCUGCCGCACUGAGCGAACGCGGGCGGUGUUGGAACACGACGGUCUCCCGAGCUGCAGUGCCGUGCUUUUGCGUAGCAGCCACGCCAGCGCCGCGGUGAUCGGCAAGGCGACACGUUUUGCAAGAGCCGCAUUUCGUUUAUUUCCCAAGAGGACGCAAAAGGCACAAGCUAUAAAUAGGAAGCUGACGAGGUCGGCAGCGCCUGUGGUUUCACUAGGGGAUUGGUGGUCAUCUCCUCGUCAGUGAGUACAUAACAGCAUGUGCAGCGUGGGCUGUGAGUAACCUUAUCCGGUGAGGGGUCCUUGCUGGUAAGGCUUUAGGGGGGAAAGAGGCAGCUCUUUCCCCUCUCUCUGCAAAGCUCACUUCCUCACUGUCGCUGAAGUCAGAAGUUUUGCAACACUUUAUUUUCUGUCUAUAAAAUAUCCAGCUCAAGGGGUCAGGUCAUCAAAUUAGAAGUAGAUGUUUGCAUAUAAAGAGUUUGUUUUUCCUCCUUGUCGUGAAAGAAAAUUUUUUUAAAAAUAUAUAUUAAAAAGAACUCUGAAAGCUCAAAAGAAUAGAAGGCCAACAUGAUGCCUUAUAAUUUAAAAUCCCAUCAGGAGAGUCUGCUCUGACCUACUCCAAAUAUUUCAAAUUGUCCCAUUGAAAAAAGCUGAAAUGAAGUUACAAAAUGCUGAAAGGUCCAGAUUCUGCAGAAAUCCACAUUUUUUUUUCCCUGAAAACUAAAGGAGGCACUAUGCUUCAGUGACCCAUAUAUAGAAUAAGAAAUCUGGAGGUUGGGGGGAAAAAAAAUAGAAACUAUCAGCUUGUUUGUGCUAUUUUUGCAUAGCUCUUGGCACAAAUGUUAUCCAGCAAUGGUUCAAUGCCACGGCAGGCCUGGUUCAUGAGCACGCAGAGAGGAGAUAGUUCCCAGGAAAGUCACAGACUGACUUGAUCGGUGAGUUAGGAACCUUAAGAAACCGCCAAAAAACCUACACCUCGAGAACCCACAAAUAAAAGGAUGGGAGCGGUGUUGAACUCCAGCCCGUGAGCAAGACACUAAUAAUAAACUGCGCUCUGGAAAUAGCAACCCAAAGGCUCAGGGAGCUUGUACUGUGUUUGACCCAGGGCACAGCAGGUGCAUUUCCACAAGCUCCUCUUGAGCAGACCGGCGCUUAGGCAAUGUUCUCUAAAAGGAAGCGGUCCCACAAGCAGCAGGGCUGACAGCCCAGAUUUAUGCCCCGUGGUUGCAUUCGCUGGUGUCUAAGCAAGAUGCGGGCACAAACCUGAGCUCCCCACGGCUCGUCUGGUCAUAGUAUCUCUGUCGAGCAAAAAUUGUCCACAUACUGUCCUUCUUCCUUCCAUGGGGAAUACAGCUGAUUUAACUUUUUAGCCAAUGACACACUUUUUAAAAUGAAAUGCAAUGAAAUUCACUAUCUGCCAGGCUUUUAUCCCUUGGCCAAUUUCAGCUGCAUUAAAACAGCAGCAAAGUUUUGGAAGUCCAGAGGAGGGAAGGUAGGGUAAAGAGAGGAGGAGAGGGGCAACCAAAAGCCAAAAAGCCCCAUUUCCGUACGAAAUCAAGCUGAAAAACUUUAAAACCAGCUCCACUGCUUAGAAUCCCAGGCCCUAGUCUGGAUAUUCAUCGGGGAAAGGAGGACCAAGCUGCACAUCUGAGGCAAAUGCAGAAUUCCCUGCCUCGAUGCUGCCACCGUCUGUUGCCUGCUGCUGAAACCUCAUAACUCAGCAUCCCGCGUUGCCUUCCCAUCGCACCCAAUUCCUAUGCCGCAUUUCUGAGCGCGCAGCUUCCCGGCACCUCGCGGGUGGGAGCACAGCAGCUAAAAGUCACGGUGCGAGUCUGCGGCGAGCACAAUUCGGCCGCUUUUCACCGAAGCAAUGCACACGUUGGCUUCCUUCCACCCUCCUCUAAUCUUCGCGGUCUAAUCCGUAACGCAAACCUUAAAGCUGGCCUGACUAGUUGAGCUUGUAAAAAUAGCAGUUUGCUAUGGAGCUAUUUUUCCUGAAAUUGUGCUUAUGUCGCUCACAGCGCUAGAACAGAGUAGCAGAAGUGACCAGAUCCUCCCAGAUCUCAUCUCUCGUUUUGUUGCCUGAAAACCCAGGCUUCUCCCAAUAAAGAAUACUGCAAAAAGCGAUGAGUGGGGAAGAAUACAGUAAACCUGGUUCAUCCAGUCACUCUCCUCCUGACUCUCUUUUUCACUCUGUGCCCGAAGAUUUUCUUUGCUGCUUGGUGGAAGGACAGUCCAGCUGAGAGUCCCACAUCCCCUCAACCCCCUCGGGCUGCAUUUUCCCUACCUGUCUGAUUCAGAUAAUAUUUUUGAGCCCCUCGAACAGAACUGAGCUGGAGAUGGUGGUCCUGCAGCUUUAGCUCCUGCAGCCUGCUAGGCACAUGCUUUUCCCACUUGCCUUUGGCUCCCUUCAGAGAUCAAGUCCGGGUGAUGUUGCAGACUGUAGCAACGCAUCCACAAGAUCCUUCAGGGAUAAAAGAUGCUUUUAAAAUCCCGAGAUGUCAAAUACUUAUCUCUAGUAACACCGGACUCCACUAGCAUAGGGUAGCUAUGAUGCUGAUGAUGCAUCAGCUUGGCUUACAGCCCUUUUUCGUUAGGGGAAGAGGACUCUUUCAACAGGCGAGGAGAAAAACAAGCUCAAGAGAGCUGGAAUCAGUCAGGCAGCUUUAAAAAUAAAAUAAUAAUAAUAAAAAAAAAAAAGCAAGAAAGAAAAAAGGCUAAGCCAGGGUCUUAAUGAGUGAAUCACCUUCCCCUGGGGGAGCAGCGAGAGCUCUGACUGCUACUUUGCUCCCUGCAUCCCUCCCUGGGCGAAGCCCGGCUUGAGGAGCAGCAGAGCACUCUGUAAGCGACACCAGUCUAAUUAAUUAAUGACUCCCCGGCGUCAGCUCUGUGGCUGCUGAGUUAGAAAGGAAGGCGGUGAAGAAGGGCCGGGACAGCACGCGACUGCUUCUGGUAAAUGCUGAACACCGCUGAGAGCUGGCUGGGUUAUUCAUAACCUCCCCGGCUUUGGGCUACAGCGCAGAAGUCGGAGAUAUAUUGGGAAGAGAAGAUGGCGUGGGAUCCACCCUUGCAGCAUCCUCUCUCCUGGGUGAGGUCUUCCUCCCUCUUCUUGUCCUGCUCAAGAGCUGCCGUGGCACAGUUAAUCGAGGCCACCACAGAACCCCCAAAAAAGAAACCGGACCCUGUCACUUCGGAGACGGUGGUGAUUUGGGGGCUGCGCCUCUGGCAGGUGAUUGGUAUCUUUGCCAUCUUUGUCCUGGCAGUCAUUAUCACACUCUGCUGUAUCUUCAAGUGCCGGAUUCCCCGGACAAAGAAAGAGAUCGAGGCACGAUACGCUCAAAGGCAAGCAGCCAAGACAUAUGCAGACAAACUGGAGACUGUGCCACCACUCAACGAGCUGACAGAGAUCCCCGGAGAAGAAAAAAUAAGAAAGAUGAAAGAAAAGAAAGAAGAAGUUCCCACUGUAUCUGGAAAAGUGGACAAGGCUCAGGGUAAGAAAGAUGGAUCCAAAGGCUCCAAGAAGAAGGAUGGUGAGAAGGACCAGAAAGAAGGAUCUAAGAAAGAAGGGAAGGAUGGGGCCAAAAAGAAAGGAGAAAAGGGGGGAAAGGACAGUACUGACAAGAAACAAGGUGGUGGGAAGAAAGAUGAAAAAGAAGGGGAAGCUGGAAAAUCAGGAGGAAGCACCAAAACUAAUGGCAAGGCUGGUGGGAAUGCCAAAGCCCCAGCAAAGAAGAAAUGA